AUGGCGGAGGAAAACCAGUCGUCCCAGCAGGAUGGGGUGAUUCAGCACCAGGCGACCUCGGGACCCAGUGGUGAGAUCGAGAGCCAGGGCAGCAAAGCGAGGGUGUACGGCGAGAUGCUGCACGUGGACAUACCCUUUCCCAUUCCCGAGCCUGACGGGUGCAAGUCCGGGAUCCAGUGCCCCAUUCAGAAGGGCCGUUCCUACAGCUACCUGAACAAACUCCCCGUGAAGAGCGAGUACCCCAGCAUUAAACUGGUUGUGAAGUGGGAGCUGGUGGAUGACCAGGACCAGAUGUUGUUCUGCUGGAAGAUACCCGUGCAGAUCACCAGCUGA